UAUUUUCUAAUCAAGAAUGGGGUUGUCUACUAAAAGCUUCCCAUUUCAGCCAUUUCCAGAGAGUCGGUCAGCAAUCAGUGCUGGCGCUGGAUCUCAAAGAGCGAGUUUUGAUGGGUUAAUGUAUAACUGUUUGCCUUUGUUAGUGGUGGAUGUUGGCGAGUAUAAUCAAAUGUUAUUGGGAUAAAGCUUUGGUCUCAUUAUUGGCUUAUAUUGAUUGAGUCCCAUGGGGAGUAUAUUACACUUUUUUGACUUAAAUCAAGCCAAUUCAUCCAGGAAAGUUGUAGCUCAAAAAAGGCAAGGUGAUGGUCAAGAAGCACCUAGGAAUAGUUUGGAGUUCUCCAAAGAAACAUCAUACAAUUAUAGUGUCGUUCAGGAGGACAUCCCGUACUCCUGCCAAGUAAAGAAGCAGUCCUCCAAAAUGAGCUAUCGUUCAAAUGACACCCCAAUAAAAAGGUUGAUCGAUGAGGAAAUGUCAAAGAGAAUGAACAACAAACACAGUUCUCCAAGCGUUGUUGCCCGUUUGAUGGGCAUGGAUGCUUUUCCUUCAGAAACAAAGCCUGCAGUUCUUGCAUAUCAACAAAAGGAUGAGAAACCUGGACUCCAUGUACCUAGAAAAGACGCGAGCAAAUUGAGAUCAGCCUCAAUUAGGAAAAUAGAACAAGAUUCAUUGCCCUAUAGUAUUAAGAAAAAAUGGGUCCAAUCUACGAAACCACGAGAACACCCUCAAGAAGAGUUAUUGCAAAAAUUCAAGAAGGAUUUCCAAGCAUGGCAAACUUCCAAGGUAUGGGAACACUCAAAAACUAUUGAAGAAGAUAGUUAUCUUCCACAGGAAAAAGCUAAUCAAAUAAUUGCACAAGCAAGUCUCAACAAAGAAAAGAUGUCUCGAUACAAGAAGCUUGUCGAACCUAAGGGUUAUGCUUCAGUAGAUCACCCAAACAUAUUCCCGAACUACAUGAAUAAAGACGGUUAUUCUUCAGCAACAAAGAUAGUGAUUUUAAGACCUAGUGUAGAAAUGAGUGACGAUGCUGAAGGCUCCUUAUCAUGUUCGCCUGAGUUAUUAGAGAAGGAAGCCAACAUGCAAGAUUUUCUUGAAGAGGUGAAAGAAAGGCUCAAGUCUGAAAUCAUUGGCAAGGCAAGAAUUGAUACCGGGCCACGAGGGUUUACUAAUGAGACAUCUUUCAGUGAGAGAUCACAAAACACAAAACAAUUUGCACGGCAUAUAGCAAAACAAAUCAGAGAAAGUGUCACUAGGGACCUUGGCUCAUCAUUGAUACGCUCAGAGUCAACAAGAUCAUAUAGAUGUGAGCCAGAUUUCAUCAAUAGAAACACAAGAAAGCUCUUGUCAGAGAGACUGAAGAAUGUUUUAAGAAAUGAAACCUAUGUGAAAUCACAAUCGAUGCAUGAUUUUUCUGAAUUCGGGAAUGAAUCAUGCCAAUGGGGAGCGAAGAAACCUCCUACAAAAUCAAUAGCUAUUAGAAGUGAGCAGAAAGAUGCAGUAUUUGAUGCUGAGACCAAGUCUCCAAGAAAAUUGGUCAGAUCUUUUUCAGCUCCAGUAUCUUUCGGGAAACUUCUUUUACAGGAUCAGCAUGCACAAGGUCGAACCCGAAUUCAUAGCAAGCAUGAAGCAUCUGAAAAUUCUUCAUCAGAAUCAAGGAAAAGAAAAAAAGAGGGAUUCAACCUCAAAGGCACUGUAUCAAAUUUGAGGCAGAAUUUCACUCUUAGAGGAAAAUUUUUCGGGAAGAAGACACAUUCAAUAGAUGAAUCAGAUGCAAAUGAAUUUGGUUCUUCGAAUUUCCUUGUUACUGUGCCUUCUGUAGUUCUGAGAGUCGGCAGCGUACAGGAAAAUUCUACAGAGGUGCCGCCAAGCCCUGCAUCAGUCUCGAGCAGCUCCUUUGAUGAAUUCUUUCGUCCGGGUGUUCCAAGUCCUGUCUCCCCAUUACAGGCACCUUUUAUUGAAGACCAAUCAACAGUUAAAGUUUCCACAGAUGGAAGCUCGAUACUUCCUGAUCCAAAAAAUCUUCUACAGCAUGUUGAAUGUAGUGGACUUGAAGAAGUAACAGUUCAAGAAUCUCGUUCCAGUGAAGCAGUUGUAGUCCAAGGGCAUGCACAAGCUUACAUAAGAGAUAUCCUCAUAACUGCUGGUCUCUAUGAGAGUGAAGUCUUUAAAGAGCCAAUUCCUAAUUGGGUGUUUGAUGAAGUUGAGGAAGCUUAUGUACAACAAGAGAAGACGGAUGAAAUAGGAUCUUCCCUUUCUGAAGGCAUUACUAAUAUAAGUCACAAAUUGUUGUUCGAUCUAAUGAAUGAAGCAUUGCCCAGGGUGAUGAUGCCAAAAUCAAACGCUAUGUUCUUAAAAUUGUUACCAUGUCCGAAAAACCUCCUGGAUGAUUUGUGGAGGCAGAUACAAAUCUAUGAAAAGCGAGACUUGAAUGAAUCAAAUUCAGCAGAUGAAAUGGCAGCUAACGAUGUGAGAACCGAUACGUGGUGCACGAUAUUGGAUGAAGAUAUUCAUGUUACAGGGAAGAAGGUGGAGCUGGCGAUUCUUAAUGAUUUGGUUGAUGAGUUUCUUUCUGAAAUAAUUGAUUUGAGAUCAUAGUGAGGUGGUGUUUUUAGUGGUUUCAUGUAUUUGUAUUUAGUUGUUUAGUGUGUGUAUAUUGGUGUAAGGGGGGUGUAAAUGAUAUUUGGGUGUUUGUGCUAACCAUAUUUGUUGAUUGAUUGUUAACCGGGACUUGAUAAUGUAAAUGUGAACCAAGAAGAGAUGAGUGGAGUGAAAACAUUUGAUUUCA